CAAAUCUACUCCAAGAUAAGGAUUUGGUGGCGCAGUAGUUACUUCAGCCCUGUCACUUCAACAUACCUCCUCGCACAGCGGGCCUGAAGAUGACGUUGUUAAGGUGCGUCUGUGUACUACUGGUCGUGCAUGCUUGUACUGGGUACCUGUUCUUCCAAGACAGAAUACCAAAUGGCGACAGUGUCCCCCACCCAUGCAAACCCAACUACAUAUGGAAAGGUGUCGGCCAUAUGAGAGCGGUGGGGGGAGGGUUGAAAAAUCCAUUUGGUCUCGACUUUGCACGUUACAAGCAGUGGACGCCUGAACUGUGCAUGAUGGACUCGGACGGAGAUGGUUUGACCAAUGGUCAAGAGUUAGGUGAUCCAGAUUGCACGUGGAAAGAAGGGUCCUUUCCGAAACGGACUACAAUGCUAACCCAUCCAGGUAUAUGCGACCCCUGGGGAAGCGAGAAAUGUGCAGCGGAAAACGCCAAGGUGGACUGUUCCACGGGGGAGUUCAUCUGCGACGCCAUUCAGAGCCCAGACGUGUUCAACGUCACGCUGAGAUUUCCACCCACCAAAGUCCCAUCUGACGACAGUAGCUUGUUUUGUAUGACGUUCGAUCUGGACAUGUUGGAUUUGAGUGAGGAAUAUCAUCUGGUUGCAUUCAAGCCCUUCAUCGAUAACGCCUAUGUGAUGCAUCACACCGUACUGAACGGAUGCGGGCCCUAUGCCGCACCUGUAGCUAAACCCGAGAUGUGCAAUAUGCCUGGCGCACAGUGUCAGCAGUACCUGGCUAUUUGGUCGUUGGGGAUCACGGGAGAUUGUGUACACAAGGAUGCAGGGUUUAAGAUUGGAGGACCAAAUGGAAUAAAAAAACUAACUAUGCAGCACCACUGGCUCAACCCAGAGCUACGAUCAGACUACGUGGACUCCUCAGGUAUGACGCUGUACCUGACCAGGAAGAUGAGGAAGUACAAUGCUGGUUACGUCCACACGGGGGAGAUCCACCUCAACAUCCCCCCGGGCCAAACUAGACACGUGACCAAAUCCACCUGCUCCUCGGCGUGCACCAAGAAGAUCAUCAAGACUCCCGUGUACUUAAUGACGGGCCGAAACCAUAUGCAUUACGUCGGUUAUGCUGGAAGAGUUGAGCACUUUCGGAAUGGAGAGAAAAUCGGCGUCCUCACUCCUGACGAGGUGUACAGUUACAGCAAUCCUCAUGUUUAUGAAUAUAAACAGCCUUAUGAACUCUUGCCUGGAGACGUCCUUGAAACUACGUGUGUCCAUAGAACAACAUCAAGGUCUACGACGACCUUGUUUGGAGACGCUGCCUACGACGAAAUGUGUCUUGGGGUAUUCACAUUCUUCCCAGCAGAGAGUAUCACCCACGACUCCUGUUACACGUGGAAGGACUUGGAGCUGUGCUAUGUGGAGAAUGCAGCCAUCCACGGCUGCGAGUACACCAUGAUCUUCAACGCCACACACCCAACCAGGAAGUCACUCCUGGCAAAGGUGCUCAGCAGCUGCAACUACUUUGGCGAAUGUCGCAGUGAAUGUCCCGCAGCUAUUGCAGAGGUUAGACAGCAUCCAUGCUUCAACGAACAGGUUGGGCCGUACAUGAUGGACCUCUUGAGGGGCCUCCACCCCAACAUGGACAUGGUGAAAUUCCUCGCAGCCAUGGAUUCAUGCGAAUGUCGCAAAGACCCCCCAGGUGUCACCGUCUUCCCGCCCACCAGCAGUGCGGAGCAAUUGGGGCCAGCCAUCGUUGUCACAGCUCUCCUGGCUGUCACGCUACUCGCAAUUUAAACCCUGACCUCUUAAAGCAACAGUAACUGGAGCAUUUGGUAGCCAUGUCCGUUUUGCAGAAACAAAAGAAUUAUGCAGUGUAUUAAGUCUCCAUAAAUACCCUGGACCCAUACCCUAACAUAACUUCGUUUCGAAAAUGGAAUUACCUAAUCUUAUAUUGUCUUUCCCCUCGUUGACCCGUGAAGAUCCGGGGUAGAAUAAGUCUUCAGAAACCCAUGCUUGCUUUAAAAGGUGACUAUGCUUGUCGUAGGAGGCGACUAACGGGAUUGGGUGAUCAGACUCGAUAACUUGGUUGAAGCAUGUCAUCGAUCCCAAUUGCGAGGAUCGAUGCUCAUGAUUUCAACCACUGAAUUGUCUAGUCCCGACUCGAAUAUUUACAGACCGCCGUCAUAUAGCUGGGAUAUUGCGGAGUGCGGCGUAAAACAACAAACCAACCAGCCAACCAACAACUUUCCCCUCUUUGCACAUAAUUUCUUCAGCACAUGAGUGUUCUUUGAUUGACAUGUUGUUCCUUCAAUUCGGUCCCAAAACCAAGCUUUGCUAGCGAAUGUGACCAGGGCAAUUAUCGUAAGGGAAUGUAGAUAUAAUACACUGGAUUAUCGAGGAUGCAUUAUGUGAGAGAGUAUAGUUUUACACCGCUUUUAGCAAUAGUGCAGCAAUAUCAUAAUGGGAUACAACAGAAAUUGGCUUCACACAAUGUACCCAUGUUGGGAAUCGAACUCGGUCCUUUGGCGUGUCGAACGAGCGCUUUAAUUAAUAGGCUACCCCAACGCCUCAUGUGUGCACUAGAGAUUGUCUAGAUGAAUUCCUAUGAAGACAGAUUUCCACAUGUUGGAUUGUGUGGACAAUUUUGAUUGAAAGAUUUUUUUCCAGUAAAAUUAGAUGUGGAAAUUUCUUUUGUGGACAUAUUGCCUUCAUGAAAAACUAACAAACUAACCAUUUCCUCCGGAUGUAUAAUUGUCCUUUUUAUCUUAAUGUGUCUAGAACGCAUUUAACAGGAAUAUAUAUGUACAUUUCAAUAGUUAGAAAUGUUGCAAUUAUGUAAUUUAACCCUCUAAAAAGCAUCAAUGCCAGGUAUGCAUACACAUGUAUUCAGAAUUAAAGGAAUCAGAGUACAGAGUACAGAGGCAAAGAAUACUUGCACAAAUUAGUUACUUGAAGACAAAUUCUUCAUAUCCCCCGCCCUUUUUAAUACAUGUAUGUCGGACUCCAUAAAAUCACAAUAUACAUAUUUCAGGCGAUUAUGCUUGUCGUAAGGCGCGAUUGACGGGAUCGGGUGGUCAGACUCGCUGACUUGGUUGAGGAAUGCCAAUGAUGUCAAUCACUGGAUUGUCUGGUCCAGACUUCAUUAUUUACAGACCGCCGUCAUACAGCUGGAAUAUUGCUGAGCGCGGCGUUAAACAACAAACAAACAUAUCUCUGCUAAAAGCAGAUACAAUUGUACGAUUCAGAACGUAUCAUGAGCAUGUGUUUAUGAAUUACUAUCAGAUUAUGACGGUACCAGGUGUUACCGAAAAGGUGAGCGUACCCAUUCGUGACAUUCGUCACAAAUACAUGUAAAGGCAAGUCAAUUGUUCACCUGAAAACAACCACGGGAACCCAUGGUACAACAAGUCAAACUAGGGAAUUGCAUCGGGCAUACAUUUUUGUCACUGAUUCGAUUAAUUUGGAAAUGUCCUCUUAAAACGUUUUAAAAGCUUGCCUGUGGAUGUCAUAACCUUGAUCAAACAACGUUUGAGUGAGAGUCGUAUGACGUUGUUUGACAUCCUCGAAGAAAGGGUCAUCUAUUUCUAGUUCAGGCGGUUAAAUCGCUGGAAGGGAAUAAGCUAUAACGAAAGUCAUUGUGUUAAUGAUUGUGGUUAAUCUUUGAGACGGGGAUUAGCUAGACCAAGCAAAGUAUCUCCCUUUGUACGGAUUUGAAAAGCAUACUAAACAUACCUCCAGACACAAUCAAAGCUUCCAGAAAGUUGAUCUUCUCAAUGGAGUCCACAAUUGCCAGGUGUCCUCCAAAUGAUGACAUGCAGUUUAUCCUAGCCGACCCGUGAAGAUCCGGGGUAGAAUAGGUCUUCAACGACCCAUUCUUGCCGUAAAAGGCGACUAUGAGGCGUAAGAGGCGAUCGGUUGGUCAGGCUCGCUUAGUUGAUGCAUGUCAUCGAUCCCAAUUACGUGGAUCGAUGAUCAUGAUGUCAAUCACUGGAUUGUCUCUUCCAGACCUUUUUUUUACCGACCAUAUAGCUGGAAUAUUGCUGAGUGCGGCGUUAAACAACAAACAAACAAAUAUCAGCUUGUGAAUACGAGAGCCAUUAUAAUAAGGUUACUACGUCAAUGCUUUAAAAACCUUCUCUAACAUUUGUUCGUAAUGGUACUUUUCAAUAUUCAAAAUGGCACUUUUCAUGUGAUAUAAAUGUUGUUUUUCAAACUUUAAUUAUAUUCACAACAACAUAGAAAAUAAAUAAACUAUUCAUGAAUAGAUGCAUGAUUUUUCGUUUAA